AUGGAUAUGAUACUGAUGAUCAUGAUGAUGGAUGAUGAUGAUGUCUGCGAUGAAGUUUGUGUUGGUGCUAUGCUCGGGUUUUCUAAUUCUAAAAAGGUGGAACAAUAUAAGGAGAUUUUAGACAUUUUCAGGAAGAUUCAUGUGAACAUUCCAUUGAUAGAUGCAAUUAAACAAGUCCCUAAAUAUUGGAGAGUUUUUAAGGAUAUUUAUUUUAAUAAGGAUAUGCUUGAUUUAGGAGCAUCAAUAAAUGUUAUGCAUGCAUCUAUAUAUGAAUCUCUUAAUUUAGGUCCUCUGAAAGAAACUGGAAUUACUUUAGAGUUGGAUGACCGUUCUAAUGAGUACCCUAGAGCGGAUUUCAGUGUGUUUGAGAUGACAUAUGGAUCAACUGACACAUCUCUACCUUUACUUCUCGGACAACCAUUUAUGAGCAUAGCUAGAACUAAGAUUGAUGUGCAUGACGGUUCGUUGAGUAUGGAAUUUGAUGGACAAGUGAUACGUUUCAACAUUUACGAAACGAUGAGAUAUCCUAGUGAUGUCCACUCUUGCUUCUCCAUCGAUGUGAUUGAUACUUUGGCUCCACAAAUGUUCAAUAUAGAUGGGGUGGAUGCGCUUAAAACCGUGUUGACUACACCCAUUGAUAAUGGUUUGGAAUGUGGUGACGUAAUCAAGGACACUAUUGGAUCACUUAACUCUUUGCAAGAAAAAUCACCACACGAGAGUGAUUCCUUUAUAUAUUUACCAGUAUCUAAUGAAAAACUUGUGCCGUCUAUCUUGCAGACUCCAAAGCUAGAACUGAAACCUCUUCCGAAUCACCUGAAAUACUUGUAUUUAGGUUAUAAAGAGGAGUUACCAGUAAUAGUUUCUAAGGAACUAACUGAAUUGCAGGAAAAAAAUACUUCUUCGAUUGUUGAGGGAGUACAAAACAACCAUAGGAUGGACAAUUGCUGA